CAACAUUCCCAGUAGCUCAGCAACAUUACCCAAUCCUUUCUUUAAUCAACUUAAAACUCCUCUAAAACCACCUUCAACCUUCCAAGCCUCUUCUGAAUCUCAAGCUUACAAUGUAUCGUCCGGCUUUACUUUCUCCACACCACCAAGGCUGUGUUUCGAGGGCCGCUUUCCGAAUAAGACCUGGGGUAUUGAUUCGAAAGGUGUCUUCUGGUCUUCACUCUGAACCUAGCCAAUCAAGUGGUCCAUUACCUCAUUCUUUAGUUCCUUCCCGAUUCAGAUCUAAUGCCGGCUAUCGUACUCUGGAACAAGUUCCGGGAUCAAGGAAGCAAGCGGACAAGAUCAAUCACUCGGAUACACAAACCGUUCUUAGAAGCCUGCCGAUCCAAAUUCCCGAGCGCCUGACGAAAAUACAGCGGAAUGAACCAACUCAAAAGGUUUCAGAGGAAUUGAGUAAUAUAAUCCAGUCUUUCAAAGCACCAAUACGUUACGCGAUCGGCUAUGGAUCUGGAGUUUUUCCUCAAAAGUCCUAUGAUCUCAAGAAACAGACCCCAAUGUUGGAUUUUGUUUUCGCCGUAUCACAUCCAAGUCAUUGGCACAGCAUCAACCUACAACAAAAUCCUAAGCAUUAUUCACUUCCUCUGAGGUGGUUAGGAAGUGCACCCAUCAGUUGGUUGCAGGAGAAGGGUCCGGGGGCUGGUGUUUGGUUCAACGUAGAAAAUGAAGUCAAUGGAAAGUUGAUCAAAUACGGGGUUAUCUCAGUGGAUACACUCUGCAGUGACCUGUUGGAUUGGAAUACUUUAUAUGUCUCUGGCCGAAUGCAGAAACCGGUCUACGUUCUUCGAGAUGAUGCCCGAAUUCGGUUGGCACAGCAAGUCAAUUUGGCAUCAGCCCUCCGCACUGCACUCUUGAUGUUACCCGAAAACUUUACGGAACAACAGCUUUAUAUGAAAAUCACUAGCCUGAGCUAUACGGGCGACUUUCGAAUGAAGUGGGGAGAAAAUCCUCGGAAGAUUGAGAAUAUUGUACAGCGGCAAAUUGAUCAAUUCAGGAUCCUAUAUCGUCCUUUAUUUCAAGCAUCAUUCAAUAACGUUUCUUUCGCUGGUGAAAGCUCGACAGCAAGGGAUCCUAAGAUACAACAGGACAUGAGUCCUAGAGGCCGAGCUGAACUUUUGAAAAAACUACCUCGAUGUCUUAAAGAGAAGAUUGAAACAGUUUAUGAUCGACAAUGGAAUUUGAAGUUGGCAAAAGCUGCUGAUGGAUCUGCUCUUAUCAAUGAAGAAGAAAAAUUGACCUCCAGUGAUGAGAUGAGUCUUUUGGUGAAAAUGGUCACGGACAACGGUUUUGACGAAUCAUUGAAACGGGCUUUGACAUUGACCGUCGGGCCACCUGCUUUCAAUCAAUCUCUCAAGGGUAUCAUUUCUGCUGGACCACUGAAGAGUGCUAAAUAUGCAUGCUCCAAGCUUCUCAAACGUUGGGCAUGAAGAUUUUAUUUCCUCGUGUCCUUUUCUUUCUUUGGUUUCAAAAUCUGUUUUCUUGCCCAGUAAGAUUGGCCUAUCGAUAAUAAUACAUGCUAGCAAGUCUUCAAAAGUAACACCACACCAGAAUGCAAAUCACCGAAGAUUGCGCUUUGUUUCUCAACCGCUUCAAGUUCAGCUGGACAUUAUAAUCUCCCAACAUAUACAUCUAUGAUAUGCACAGCUACAACGUGCUUGUUUUAAUAAUAGAUCAUCUUGGUUUUGUUGUAUUCAACUUAGAAAAAUCGAUUACUCCUUAUCUCUAGAAUUCGGCCUUGUCACAUUGUACAAACAUUUCUUGCUUUUUUUUUGGCAGGCCAAGCAAUAUCUUCAUUAUCUUUUCAGUUUGAACUUACUAUCGUUAACAUAGAUUGUACUUUUAAAUUUGAUUGCCAUCACUACUCUUUGAAAACUUCAUUCGUUGUUGAGAUAAUU